AUGGAUUGUAAAGACGAUGAGGAAGAUCCUCCGGGAACUUCCCACUGGGAACAUAAGAGGAAACACACACCUGAUUCACCAGACAUAGUACACAAGAAAACGAAAGUGGAUACAUUUCAAUCUGAAAGGCCAAGAGAGAAUCUCCUCCCAAAUAUGAUAGCAGCUGUUUCAGAUGUGGAAGUAUGCAGCAGUAACACAGAUGCUGGUUCUGCUCCUGUAGAUGAGGACAAUGAAUCCACUGAUUCAGAAUGUGAUAUUGAUCAGCCAACACUCUUGGAACAAUUGAAGAACAUACUUGAUAAAUACCAGGACAUUCAAAUCAUCCGAGAAUUGGUUCAAAAUGCUGAUGAUGCCAAUGCCACAAAGAUGAAGAUUAUUUAUGUGAAUGACAACUGUGAAACAACAGAAAAAGACAAUGGCUAUUAUUCAGAUUAUUUCAGGGCUCCCGCCCUCUGUGUUUAUAACAACGCCAUAUUUAGUAAACAGGACUGGAAAUAUGUGAGGAGCAUAUACAAUAGUGGUAAACGAGAAAACGCUCUAAAGGUGGGCAGAUUCGGUCUGGGAUUCAAGUCAGUGUUCCAUCUCACUGAUAAUCCAGUGAUUAUAAGUUGUGAUAGAGCAAUGAUCAUUGACCCAUUCCGGACAAGAAAAGGAUUUGGUAAUGAUUGCCAGGUUUUGACCUUCAAGAAACUGAGGAAAUCUGUAAAUCAGAAAAACCAUUACAAGCAAGCACGCACAGCUAUGGAGUCUGUGUAUGGACAUUUUGGAUUUACACAGAGAUCAUUGGAGAACAAUUACUUGGGUACUCUCUUUUGGUUUCCAUUGCGCCAAUGUCCCUCUGAUCUAUCAACAAAAAUCCUUGACCUAAGUGAUGUUUCAGAGCUGAUAGCAGUAUUCAAGAAAGAGGCUGCUUGUUUGCCACUUUUCCUGAAGAACAUCUCCCAUGUUUCUUUUUCUGACCAGGAUAAAAAGUUGACUUCCUUUUCAGUGGACUGUGAUGUGAUGGAAAAAGAGAAAAAGAAACAUUUUAACAACGAAUUGAACAGAUGCAAAGGAGUGAGUCCUAGUGACAACAUGAAGGCAAUAUUCCGAGUCAACAUUACUGUGUUUUGUUUUUUGCCGCUUCCCAAUACACAUGAAAAUUGUACAGGCUUACCCCUACAUGUAAAUGGAUUUUUUGCCCUUAGUGAGGACAGACAUCAUGUUAAAUGGCCAAUGGAUGACCAGACCGAACGAGUUGACAAAGCCCAAAAAUGGAACCAAUUGCUAUGUGAAGAAGUACUUGCUGAAGCGUACGCUGAUACAGUAGAGUAUGUAAAGUGCAUCCCUAAAGAACAGCAAUACAUUACCAAUAUUGUUUAUAGGAUACUGCCUUCAAAAUUAAAUGUACAACAGAAUUGGGAUGUUUUGUUGAAUCCCUUGUACAUACAUCUUAAGGACAGCGCCAUCUUUCAUACUGAUAAUAAAGGAGGUAAGUGGAUCACAGCAAAAGAUGCCAUUUUUUCUAUCUUACAAUGGCGGGGAGAUGGACUCGAGUCAAGCACAUUAGAACAGACAGAACAGUGUGUAUUUGAUCUUUUACUGAAGUAUAAAUGUAAUGUAGUGAGGCUUCCUUCUCAUGUAGCAGAAAGGUUCCCCGACGUACCACGAAUCACACCACCGUACAUGAGGAAAGUGAUUAGAGAAGGACAGAUCUACUGUACACUUUCCAUUCAACAAAAACUUCUCUUGUUGCAGUUUAUUCUAUCAGAUAGGCUAUACAGCGAUCUCACUGACCUUCAAUUACUUCCCCUCGAGGACAAUACGUUUACAACUUUUGACAAGGGAAAUCCUGUAUACCUCUGUACGUUACAUGAAAUGAAGAUGUUCCCUGGCACUGAAAAGAACUUCAUCAAAUUAGAUUUACCAAAACAAAUAGGUGAUCAUCUGAGGGAAAUUCUGAAGUCGGAUCUUUUCAACCUGAGGUCUCUGAAUAAAGAAGACUUUCCUAAUUUACUCAUAGACACCUUGACUGCAAAUGGCAAGGUUGAAACCAGUGGAUGUUUUAGACCUACUUCACACAACAUAACAAUGGAAUGGCUUGACUGCGUCUGGGAAUACAUUGGCCGGGAAUAUGAUACAUCAGACAGAUUGGAAAGAUUGCAUGUAGUUCCUGUGUUGAAAGAUUCUGGAUCAGAUCAUACUUUGUUAGAACUAAUGCCACUGAAAGGACAUUAUGUGGUGUCUAAUUGUGAAGGGAUGGCUCCCCUUGAUCAGAACCUGCAGAGUGCUUUAGGAAAGCUGCCAAUUACUGUUUUAGAAUUUAUUACAAAAGGUGAAACACGUACUCAGUUGAUAGGUAUCUAUUGCAAAUAUCCUAAUUUGGAAGGUCUGCUAGAACUUUUAGAAGAUAUUUACGAAGACAGUAAAGAAAAUGAAAUAUCGCUUGAGGUAAUAAUGCGGCCAUUCAAUGAUCAAUCCAACCCAAAGGAAAAGGAAGCAUUGCUGAAUUUCCUUUCACAUGGUUGUCUUAGUUGUGGAGCAUGUAAUGUUAUAAGAGAAUUACUAAUUUUCCCGGAAACAACUAAUGAGAGCAUUAUUUCGGAAUAUACAUCCAUAGCAAAGAACAAGCGAAUCGCAUGUGAAAAUACCAUUCCGGUUAAAUAUCCUUCGCCACUUUUACAUUUGGAUAACAAACAAAAGAUACUUGCUAAAGGACUCGGAGCAAUGGAAGUGUCAGAGACAGAACUGGUUGAAAAUAUCCUACAAGUCAUGACAGACACAACUGUCUUGUAUGAUAGACCAGACAUUGAACAGUUCAUGAUGUAUGUUAUGAAUUUCUGUAGCAGGUUCUCAUCAAGAAAUGAUUUGAAUCUAAUUGUCAAAUUAGGUUCAAGGAUCAAAUUUGUUGAACUUUCGCCUGCAUCAAAUGAAACAGACCUUGCAUUUAUCAGAGACUUCUAUGAUCACACGAAUCCAAGUCUUCAGAAGUUGUUUCAUUUUGACCAAAGCAAGUUUCUCCCUGAAAAAUAUCGAAAGGAAGGACUGGAGUCUGUCCUUAGAAGAUUUGGUCUCAAAACAGAUACAGCCGUUAAAGAUGUCAUUUCUGUGGUCAAAAUACUAGAUCGCGAGUGCCAAAGAGCGAAUUUGACAAAUGCUGAGCAAAUCAGACAUUGUUCACUACAGGUGAUGGAAAUACUGGACAACAUGGAUUCUAAUAUUCCUUUGGAUAAUUUGGAUUUGAAUAGAUAUCAAUGGAUAACCUUUAUAGACAAGAAACCACUAUAUUAUCCAGAUGUUCUGCCUUGGUAUGGGGAUAAAUGCGAGUCACUUUUAUGCGCUCCACAUGAUGCAUGCUCGAGUAAAUACGCGCCUCUCGGGGCAUCUGUCAAAUGUGUUGUAGAAGCGUCUUCCUAUCCCCACUUGUCAGAGAGAUAUGGAUGGAACCACCCUCCAAACAUCGAAGUAUGCUUUGGUCAGCUAGAAAAAUUAAGGGACGUCUUUUGCAUAAAACACAAGGCCAAAUUAAGCGGUAUAAUUAAAGACAUAUACCAACAACUGUCUCUUGAAAUCAAUAAACUGCAGGAUGAAAAUCUUAAGUUCAAUGCGUUUGUCUGUACAGGUAAUGGCUUUCAUACAGCUGGAGAUGUAUUUAUAUCUUUUCCAAUGGAUGAGAACAUACACUUGGAACCUUACAUGUACAAACUUCCUGAAGAAUUUUUGGAAUUCUCUGAAUUGUUCGUGAAACUCGGAUCAACAAAGGAGCACAAUUUACAAUCACUUAAAACCAUUCUAACAACAAUCAAAACAAACACUACAGUAUCAACUAGUGCCACAGAUAGACAGAUUGCUGUAAAUAUCUUGAAAAUGAUAGUGAUGCUGAAAGACGACAUCGACAACUUGGAUGAAGUGCUGGUGCCCAUUCAAUCAGAGAAUGAUGACUUAGAAUUGUGUCUCGUAAAAGAAUGUACUUUCCCUGAUAGCGAUUCAAGUUGGUUACUGGAUGAAGAAGAGGAUAAUGACAUCAGAUAUGUUCAUUCUGAUGUCUCAGGUGACUUAGCACAAUCACUUGGCGUCCAGUCUUUUACUCAAAGAUUUCUGUCGGACGGCGGUACCGAUCCACUGAUAUCAGAAUGUGGGCAGUCAGAACCCCUGACCACAAGGCUUCAACAUCUGUUGAAAGAUUACCCAGAUGGAUUGGCUGUGUUGAAGGAACUUGUGCAAAAUGCAGAUGAUGCUGGAGCACAACAUAUCUAUUUUCUGUAUGACGAACGACAGAAUGAAAAUGCUACAACUGGCUUAAUAGACCAGAAGAUGGCAAAAUGUCAGGGUCCAGCAUUUUGGGCUUUCAAUGAUGCAAAAUUCACUGAUAAUGACUUUGAAAAUAUUGUCAAACUUGGCGGGGAGACAAAAAAGGAGUCGAAAACAAAAAUUGGAAAAUUUGGACUUGGAUUCAACGCUGUAUACAAUCUGACUGAUGUUCCAAGUUUUGUGAGUGGGCAUUCCCUUGUUAUCUUUGAUCCAAACGCUACUCAUCUUGGAAAAGCUAUCAAGAACAAAAACAGUCCAGGGAUACGCUUGAAUUUUACAAAGAAAAGUUCCGGGAUGCUGAAGCGGAUGAAAAACCAGUUUCUGCCGUACAACAAAAUAUUUCAAUGUGAUUUAUCAGGAGGCACAAUGCCUCCAUAUUUUGACGGCACACUUUUUCGGUUUCCUUUAAGAACAAGGCAACAAGCAGUAGACAGUGCAAUAACAAGCAAACCAUAUUGCAAAGAUCGCAUGUUAAAACUUCUUCAUCAUUUUCAAGACUAUGCAGGCGCUUUGUUGACAUUCACACAAAAUUUGAAGGAAAUAAAACUAUUUCAUCUUCGGGAUGGCAGCCUAAAUCCAGCUUGUGAUAUGCAACCAGUUUUCAGCACAAAAAGGGCAGUAAUUGGAGCUUACCCAAUUUUCAACAACCCAGCAGACAUUAAUGUCAUGACAAGGACGGCAAAUGCUUGUAAAAACAGUGAGUCAUUCGCUUACAUUGAAAUGAUAUCAGUUGAAAUUUGUACAUCUGAAAAUGAACUGCUUGACGUCAGAAAAGGAAGUUCAAAAACUUCGUCUUGGUUAGUGUCAUGGGCAUCAGGAACUACUCUGGCUAUUCUUCAACAAAUGGUCAAUUUGGAAAAGGAUGGUGCCCUUCCCCUUGGCAGUAUUGCCAUUUCCUUAAAAAGUAUCCAAUCGCAACUUACCUCGGUGCCUUUCCCACAAGAAGAAAAAAUGCUUGGAUUCCAUGACAAGAGUCAUUUCUUCUGUUUCCUUCCUCUACCCAUCGAAUGUAAAACUCCUUUUCAUAUAAAUGGCUGUUUUGCUGUUAGCAGUGACAGGAAAGGCUUGGUCAAGAGCACAAGUGACGAAAAUGUUGAAACAGAGAAACAGCUUUGGAAUAGAAUGCUCAUGUCUGAUGCUGUGUGCAAUGCAAACAUCUUUUUGUUAAAAAGUCUGGAACAUUUCAAUGUGGCAUUAAAUAGAGUCUAUUCAACACUAUGGCCUACCAACGUAGAUUCUUUAGAUGAAUCCUCAUAUUUAGCAGAUGCAUUUUGUAAAGCUGUUGUAAAUGAAGGUCACCGGGUAUUUUAUACGCUAGAAGGACGCUGGGCAUCAUUUCGUGAGUCCAUUUUUCUUGACAAUACUUUACGUCAUGACAAUAUUGUUGGGGAUUUUGCUUUCCAAACAUUUGAAAAAUUGUUUGAUGGAGAAAACAUUCCUAUGGACAUGCCUGCAUCGUUACAUCACCGAUUUAUCACUGCAGGAUGUGGAGAGGAAUUAACAAAACAAACGAUGACCAUGUAUUCAUUUUACAAGGACAUUGUUUUCACGGGAAUUCAUCGAAUAGACGAAGAAGUGCGGGAUGCCCUGAUUAUGCAUAUACUGGUCACCAAUGACAAUCAAUUGCAAAGUCUCUUGAUGUCUUAUCCAUGCAUUCCAGUCCUACCAGAUGGAGAACUGAGGCUACCUAGGGAUUUAGUAAGACCAAGACCACAAUCAGUUUUAUCAGAACUUUUCUCUGAAGAUGAUGGACGGUUCCCUUACGACAGAAACAAACCUUUUUGUAGCGAAAUAAACCUUGAUGCUCUUGUACGAUUGGGUAUGAUGGAUAGGAAGUUGCCUGAUGAGCUUGUUGUGGAAAGAGCUGAGUCUGUAUCCCAGCUUGAUGACCAAGAACAGGCGAUUCGUCGUUGCCGUAAAUUAUUGGAAUACAUUGAUGGAGAGAAAGAUCAGUGUAAAAGACUUCUCAAUUAUUUGAGUAAGACAGCAUUUAUACCCUGUCUUCCUAAGCCUAAAAAUUGGCCUCUUAGUUGGUGUUCAAACAGAAAUCCAAAAAGGAGUUUUUCUUCGCCCAACCAGUUGUUCUUUCCAGAACUCAUUGAGCGUAUUGCAUGUUCACAAUUGAUAGUUGAUAUCAAUCAUCUGAAAGGCAAUUUUGAUGUACAGUUGAUUCUCAAAUUACUUGGAGUGAGAAAAGAAGAGCUGCAUAAAGAUGUUGAGGCACAACUUUAUGCCAUCAGUCAAGUCCACGCUCCCUUAUCGGACAAGCAGAAAGCAAGAUUGCAUGAGAUAUGCAUAUCUGUCUAUGAUUAUUUUGACAGAUCACCAGAAAAACUUGCUGAUACAUAUAAUGACCUUCCUAUUAUAUGGGUAUAUGAUCGAUUGGUUCCUCCUUCUCGAGCCACUACAGAGAAAUUUCCAAGAAUUGAUAGUAAACCUGAAAUUUACCAGAUUGAUUCAGCUGACGUUACAUGUUACAAAACCUUUCUCUUGUACGUUGGAGUUCAAGAGAAACUUUGCAAGGAAAAUGUUAUUCAAGCACUUGAAAGGGUAAACAAAGAAGAUGGUAAACAUGUAGAGCCAGAAAAUGUUCAUCUGAUAGUUAGUCUGUUGGAUCUUUUAGCAGCAGUGUGUAUUCGACGUGGUUCGACAUUAAAUCCUGAUGACAAGUCUCGUAUUUAUAUUCCGGAUGAUAAAAAUAUUCUUCGACUAGCAGGAGAAUUAUGUGUAGAUGAUGAAUACCCCUUACAAAGACAAAAAUAUAUGUAUUUUAUUAACGCAAAAGUGUCCGGAGAAAUUGUCAAGUUACUGGGAGUAAAAUCAAAACGGCUGAAGCACCUAAAUGCAAUUAAAGGCAGCAUGCCAUUCGGACAAAAGGAGGAACUGGUGACUCGUCUAAAGGGAAUAUUAGAAGGAUAUCCUCGGGAUGAAACAAUUCUGUAUGAAUUGUUACAAAAUGCAGACGAUGCAGGCGCUAGAGAAAUCCUAUUCAUCAAAGACAUGCGACAACAUGAUACGAAGAAAGGAAUAUUUGGUGAGAGUUGGGCUGAUAUCCAAGGUCCGGCAUUAUGUGUAUUCAAUGACUCUUGCUUUACUGCCGAGGAUCUUAGAGGUAUUUGCAAAUUGGGUCAAGGGUCGAAGUCAAAUGACCCUACUAAGACCGGACAAUUUGGUGUUGGUUUCAAUGCAGUUUAUCAUUUAACAGACGUGCCUUCAUUCAUAACAAGAGGUCCUUCGACACCUAACUCAGGAACUUUUUGUGCCUUUGACCCAAACUGUACUUUUUGCCCUACUGCGAAUGAACUAGAUCCAGGAUUACAGGUCCCUGACUUAAAAGAACUUGAGGAGACGUAUCCAGGUGUAUAUAGUUGUUAUUUACAGAAAGAGUUACCACAAAGACAGGGUACAUGGUUCAGACUCCCAUUGCGAACUCCAAAGAUGUCAAAAGUAUCACGUAUUUGCAAAACUGUAAUUGAUCAUUCUAAACUGGAUGAAUUGUUAUGCCAAUUUCAACAGAAUAUGAAGAAAUGCCUUUUAUUUUUGAGAAGUGUCAGACAUAUUUCAUUAUGUGAAAUAGAUGGACAAGGAAACAUUACAAUCAAUCACAAUGCAGAGUCAACGUUGGAAAAAAACCGAGAACAUGAUUUAAGUAAGUUCUGCAAUGCUUGUGACAUACUUACGAAAGAUAUAUUUGCCAGAUCAAGUCUACAAGACACACAAAAACGCACAAUUCAGUACUCCGUGACCAUACAGGAAAAUCAGCAAAAACCUGAACGUUGGAUUAUUGCACAAACAUUUGGAUUAGAAUCAGAUACACAGGUACCAGACAGUGUUCAGGAAGAAUUUAAAAGUAAGAACAUUAAUCUCGCUCCCAAAGGUGCAGUAGCUCUGCCAUGCACAUUGGGCAGUAAUAAACGUGUAGCACAAAAUUUGAUUUCCAACUGUGCCAUGGUUCCAUCGUCCAUUGUACUUGCUGAACCCCCUAUACAUACAUCAUCUAUCCAGGAUUGCAUUGCAUCAUCAUCAUCAGAAGAAACAUACUCCCUGAGUGACGACAGGAAUAAUAAUGGCCAGAUAUUCUGUUUUUUGCCUUUACCUUUGUCAAGUGGACUUCCUGUACACAUAAACGGUCAUUUUGCUCUACAUCAAACGCGUGGAGCAAUGUUUGAAAAGAAAACUUGGAAAGGUGACUGGAACAGUUUGUUGUUUGAAGCGAUUAUCUCGCACAGCUAUGUCUUAGCUAUCGAGUACAUGCGCGAUACAUUAUUUUUGGAUUCUGAAGGACAAACUGCUGACAUCAAAUCUAUCCUGAAGACAUAUCACGAUGCAUUUCCACAAUAUAAUCAAGGAAAAACUGAUUUGAUAAAGAACAUGAUUUCGUCAUUUUUCUCUUUGCUGUAUAAAAGAGAGUCUACUGUUUUCCCAGUGCUAUCGCCAGUUAAAAAGCCAAUAUGGUGGGUUGGUCUUCGGGAGACCAAUCAUGCAUUUCCUGCUUUCUUCGACAAUUUAAGAUGUCAAUUACGAGAUGAUGCACAAACCACAAUCAAGAAUCAGAGAAAGGUUUUUGUACAUUUUGAGAAGAAAAAGGAAGAAGAAAUGAUACGGCAAGCUGAAGAUGAGGCAUACCAACUAUCACACACUUUGAAAGAUAUUGGCAUGAAAAUACUUGAAUCACCGUUUUGGAUCUACCAGAGUAUGUUGAAUGCUCUAGAGUGUCUAGAAAAGAUGCGUAUUACCCAUGAUAGGUGCGAAAAUCGAUUCAUGAGAAACGGACACCUAAUUAAUCCAAGUAUUAUUCUUGGCAUUUUAAGAAAGACUGUUGACAUGUCACCAGAUGCUUGUUUUCUAAAAGAUGUAAAUCGCAACAUAGCAGACACCUCAAUUAAGAGUAUGUCAAACAUUAUCUGCCUUCUACGAUACCUUCUCAAAGAUGUACAUGCAUUCGUCGAUAACAUGCAGAAUUUACCUUUACUGGUUACAAAUGAUGGCAUGCUGAGACGUUUUACCUCAACAAGAAGUGUAUUUUUAUCUGAAUUUUGUGAUCUAUUGCCAACAUCAUCAGAAAAGUUUGUGCAUAUUGAUAUUACUGACUUGCUACUGUGCAUCGGGGAAAGGGGUAAGUUUUUAAGAAAACUGGACCUUGCAAGUUUUUUCAGAAUGUUACCUGACUAUGUCAACAAGGCUUCGUUGUCACAACCUGCACCAAUAACAUGGCAUCAUGAUAAGAUAAAUGUGAGAUGGAUUCAGAGAUUCUGGACAUAUGUAGAUAGUUUAAAUCCAAAUCCGAAAGAUAUUAAGACUCUAGAAAAUUGGUGUCUUGUUCCAGGAGAGUUGAAAAAUGCCCAAAACGGAGAUCAGAAAACUGAGAUUUUAGUUCCAUGUAACAAAAGUUAUCUUCUCUUGAAUUUCUCUUCAUUUGAAAAUGAGCUCAGGAAAAUUCUUCAGUUGUUAGAAAUACCAACACCACAUUCCAGUAUUAGCUCAAGAACAUUGCGGAAUCUUGUGACCUCAAAACAACAUCCAGUGCAUUUCAUUCAGUGUCUUCACCAUUAUAAGGAUCAGGUAAGACGUCUCUCCACAGGUCAGUGUAACAUUUUGUUACAAUACUUGUUGGAAAAUGUUACAAGUCUUAAUGAACCUUGGAUACUUUGCCAACUGAAAAAGAUUCCUUUGUUCACUACUCUGAGUGGAGAGAGUGUCGACCUUCCAGACCAUCGGCAAAUUUACGUUGUUGAAAUGUCACACACACUUCCGACAGGAGGACUCAGAAUUUGGUCUGAAAAACGAGGUAUAACGCUGUUGGGAUACACAUUUUUCUUAAAGGAAUUGAUGUCAAGGUUGGGCCAUGACAAUAUAUCUAUAACUGACUUGUACUCUAAACUUAUUCUGCCAGGUUUCCGAGAUCUCAAUCAAAAACAUCAUUUGCUCCAUUUGCAAUAUGUUCGAAGCAUUCUGAAAGUUUCUGACAGCUGUUCCUUAAAAGGAGCGUUGCUGACAUCAGCAUUUAUUUUCCACGAAGGAGUGUUCAAAUUGGCUCGUGACUUCUAUAGCCCUCACAUACAAAUCCUAAAGAAAUUUUGCAAUAAGUUAUUGCUUCCACCUGAUCCAUUUGAUAAACAAGAGUGGAAAAUGUUUAUGGAAUUUGCUGGUAUGAAGAAAAUAGUGACUGCUGAUUUAUACUACGAAUUCGCUACACAAAUAGAGAAAAAGGGGCUCACUUUAGGGAUGACUGAAGAAAUCAAAGCCCAAUCUAAACAGCUGGUCAAGUUUUUAUUUGAUACACAUGAACUUUCAAGCGACAAAGAUCUUUUAGAACGAAUAAAGAAUAUCAAGUUUGUCGUACCCUAUUGCGUCGAACAAGAGUAUAGUGAAAUCUAUCCUCAGUUUAGAUAUGAACAGUUGAUAUCAUUUUGUGGAUCUAUUCCAAGCUAUCUUUUCCAUGUCGUGUGGACAACUAAAUGUAUCCUGCCAGAUUUUGCUGUCGAUAAGUAUCCAUUCUCGGCAGCCUUGGGAAUACAGUUGACUCCACCAGUGAAAGAUGUUCUAUCUCAUACCCACAAUGUGUGCUAUGAACUCAAUAAACGUUUACGUGAACAAAAAAGAAACGGAAACCGCAGCCUUUCUGAAAAGAACAUUAAAAAUUUGAUGGAGAAAAUAUAUGCAUAUUUAGAAACAAUAGAUGUAGAUAAAUCAGAAUAUAAAGAAAUGCUUUCAGUAACGCCUCUUGUACACCUGGUGGAUUUAGGGAUAUUUGUUACCGCAGAGCAAGUAUCUAUCUCAUUUGGUAGAAACAAACAGAUACCGCCAUAUCUGGUGGAAAUACCUUUGUAUUACGGACGUUACAAGGAACUAUUUCUAAGUGUUGGAGCAACAGAAACUGUUACAAUUGCCCAGUACUCGGAUGUACUCUAUAGCAUAAAGAAUGAAGUGCAAUCAGCAGUCCUAGGACCGCAGCAGAUGCAACUUGUCUUUUCUGCAUUGACUGAAUUGAUGGCACUAUUAGAGGAGACAAGUAUGGCAAUUAUUAAGGAGUCCAUGACUACGGUGGAAACACUGUUUUUACCUUGCUUGGAGAAAACCUUAGCUCCUUCUACUGAUUUGGUGUUUGUUGACAAACAAAAACUUAAAACUAGAGUAACCCUUGGAACUGAUAUUCAGCUCAAUUUCAUGCACAAAUUAAGGGACUGUAAUGAAAAUGAAGAACUUAUCUUGAAGCUACCGGACAGGUUAAAGCCAAAAGUCUUAAGCUCAAUCGUACAGGAACGUCUCAUAUCCCGUUCUCAACAUGAACCAGAUGAAAAAGUAGAUUUGUUGCGACGCUUCGUAGUUUCUUCAAAAUUUUUGAAAGCAGUGAAAAAGAUUGGGAAGUUUGAGGAAAUUGAUUCAUGUCGACAACGGUUGCUGAGCAUUUGUUUUGUCUCUGUUGCUGAAAUAAAUACUAUUUUAUUGAUCGAUGGCAGACGUAUCCAAGGCACAGAGGAUACUCAACAUUGUUUUUACGAUGAUGAACACGACGAAAAAAAAUUCUAUAUAGCGUCAAGUACACAGCAGAUUAGAAACUGGUUGAGGAAAAUAGGGCAGCAACUUUUUGGAAUGCUUUCGAUGUGUUUUGAAGAACGAAUUUCUCCGGAAAAAAUUCGAGAAAUGUUUGACUUUCUUGAGGAUCCUGAAGGAUUUAAAUCUUACUGUGAAGACCUUUUAAAUGAAGAAAAUGAGGAGGAGGACACGAUGCUAUAUCAUCCAGGUCAGCUGGUGCCAAAUGGCUUGCAUGCGUUACUUAAGAAUGACAUUGCUGAUCUAGGUGUUGGAGAUUUAGUUGCCUAUGAAACUUUUGACCCUGCUAUUGAUGUUGACGAAAACACUGCUGAAUUGAAUGAUGCAAGUCUCGGUGCAGCAUACAUUUUUGUUAGAAUUAUUCAGAAAUUGCCAAUUGCUGAACAAGACCAGCUUUUUCAAAAAUACAAUGUGAAUUUUGGCCAGGACAACGAAAAGGUCGUUUUGGGAAUUCGUUUAUACAUAGUCACUUAUCCAGGACCAUCUACAUCAAAGGAAUUGGUGCUCCAUCAGUUUGGCCAUGACAAAUCUCGCCUUUAUAAUAAAUGCAAGAUUUUCGAUCAAAUCAUUGUCACUUUGUCAAAUGCAUGGAAACUAGAUGACUCUGACAGGAAACGGGUUGUUAAAAGAUUAUUGUUGUUAUGGCAUCCUGACAAAAACAGAAGUCAAAGUAAUGAAUAUGAAACAUUUUGCAAAGAAGUUACACAAUUCAUUCUUGAUAUAAUCCGACGCCUUGAAAAAGGGGAACGUUUUGAUGUUCCUUAUUAUAGAGAACAUUACGAGGGCAAGACACGACGCAGAAGAAAAGAGACUUACGAUUGCAAUACAGAUGGCCAAAGGAAUAGGGGCUAUGAUAACUGGCAUUACGGCGAGGAAAAAUUUGAAAAAUGGCAAAGAUUCAGGGAUCAUAUAUCAUCAAAAUAUACUGAAAAUCUAAGUCGUUGUUGGUCCUUUUCGGCACAUGAAAUGAGAUAUUUUCCUGACCCACAACCUGCAGAAGCAAAGAGAUGGUUUCGGCAAGCCAGUAUGGAUUUCCGUAAUGGAGUCAACUCUUUAGAAUACAGAAACUCCAAAGAAGGUACUGAUACAUAUUGUGAAGACUACAACUGGAUUUGCUUCAAAUUUCAUCAGGCUUGUGAGAAGGCAUGCAAAGCUUACAUGUACUCCAUUGAUGCAAAGAAAGUGACAACCAGAUCACAUUACCUGCCCAGUAUUAUUCCUUCCAAGGCUGGAAAUGAACUCAUUGCUGUUCUGACUGAUAUUGAAAAUCUUGUUGGGAACUACUCAAAAAUGCGUUAUCCGGAUGUUCUGGAAUACCCUCGUUUACCCGCGGACUUAUACACGAAAGAUCAGGUGAAUAAACUUAAGGAUUUAACAGAAAGCGUUAUGGAAAUGAUAGAAAACCGAGUAUAA